GUGAGCUCUCGUCGGUCUCUUAUCUCUCUGCUUCACGAUGAGCGCAGAGAGGCCAAAUUUCUUGUCGCAGCCCGUUGUAAAGAACAUUUUUGUCUAUCGAAACGGAGAUCCGUAUUACGAAGCACGGCGUUUGGUGAUAAACGAGAAGAGGGUGUCCAACUUUGAGACGUUUCUGCGAGAGGUGACAGGGGGGGUGAAACCUCCGUUCGGAGCGGUGAGGAACAUUUAUACUCCUAAAGACGGGCAUCGGGUGGCUUCGCUGGAACACCUCCAGAGCGGUGAACAGUAUGUGGCGGCUGGCAGAGAGAAGUUUAAGAGACUGGAUUACUUGCAGAUUGCAGCCAGGAAAAAACGAAUGCAGCAAAUCAAUGGUCUGGUCAAGCCAGUGCCUCAGAGUCGCAUCAUUGUGUCUGCACGCUUUCUCAAGCCCAUCAAAGAGCCAUGCGCCAUUUUUGUGAUAGCGAAUGGAGACCUGCUGAACCCCGCUGUGAGGCUCCUGAUCCCGCACAGGAUUGUGGGACAGUAUGAGCGAAUCCUGGAGAUGAUCACUGAGAAGAUAGGCCAGAGGAUCCUGGGGGGGGUCCGCAGCAUGUACACACUGAGUGGGACUCAGCUCACAGAUGGAAAGGAGCUGGAGGCUGGGCAGCUGUACAUUGCUGUCGGCCGCGAGAAGUUCAAGAAGCUUCCGUACGAUGACCUCCUUUUCAGUAAACCCACGGGGAUCAAGAGAGUCUUUGGGUAA